AUGACUAGUUUAAAUGAAACAACUUUCUACAUGUUGGCAUGGGAGAUUUUUACAUGGUUGACUGCAAAAUCUAUAUUCAAGUUGGCAAUAACUUCCCAACAAUGCUUGAAUUUUAUGAAAGACAUAUCAUUUUGUAAACGACAAGUACAAAAUAUGAUACUUAAGGACGAUAGUGAAUUUUUUAUUCAAGCAAACACUGUACUGCACUUUCCCCACAUUCCCGACGAGAACAGAAUAAAUCUUUUGUCUCUUACAGACCAAGAAUUAAGCUCGGUUAUUCAACCACAAUCUAUGGAGUUUUUGAGAGAUGUUCGACUACUUGUAUCGAGCGGCGGUCUUCUUUUUUGUAGAACUUCCCAAAGGAGACCCAAUCAUGUCGAACCUUUUGUGGUCAUUAACCCGGCCACCGGAAUGAAGGUUGAAGUAUCUGCACCUUCUGGUUUGUCAAGAGGAGAAAGAGAUAACAGUUUGAAGGUCGUGUUCGGUCAUAAUAAUAAUGGCGAUCCUUUUCUUAUGAUUAUUAUGAUAGAUAUUGAUGGUUGGGAUGCAAUAUAUAAGUUAAUGGUAUACUCCUUUGAAGAAAAGAAGUGGAGAAGGAAGAGUCAACGAGGUAUUGAUAUUGGAGAAAGAAAUUUAUUCGUGGAAAAUCAUGUGUUCUUCGAUGAUUGUAUUUGUUUUUUGUCGGACUUUUACGGUGGUUUCACGCGUAAGAGUGAAUAUUAUUUCCCCUAUAUAUUGUGUUACAAUAUAGAAGAGGAAAAAACACAAUAUUUGAGAUUACCGAGGAAUGCAAAUAAAGGGCGAAACCACAGUACUUGUCGAAUGAAAAUAUUUCCAUGGGACAAGUGCCAGACGACGACGAUGUGUCUUGUUAAGUUUUGUAAAGGCCAAUUCACAAUAUGGGUAUGGAAUAAAAAAGGUGAGAAACAAGAGUGGGUUCAGAUUUUGAGGAAGACACUCUCGGAUAUUGGAAUACUAGAGCAUGUUGAUGUUGUCGGUUUUACAGUAAUGGAUGGAAAGACGUUGGUUAUUGUAAUGGAAAACAAAAAGGUUUACUCUUACAAUCUGGUGAGCGAUGGUGCCGAUCACAAAGUGAAAAAACAAAAGACGGCGACUCUUAUAAGCAAUAACCAUGGAUGCAAUGGAUGGAAUUUUAUAAUGUAUUCCUACUCUAACACCUUGGCUCAAAUUCCAAAUGCUGUGCCCAUUUUCUACCAAGCCUAA